UGUUGCUUGUGUUUGUGAUGUUUUCUUUUUAAUGUUGGAGAAGAAACUGUUAGUGCACCAGGUUGUGAGGAAGAAAAUAAUUUGAUUACAAGAAGAGUCCCUAAACUCUUCAUUUGAAUGUAUUUGCAUUUUAAACUUGUAUCUUAAACAGUUGUAGUUCAUCGCAAGGAUUUAAAACUCGGCAGUUCAUCCUCUCCACGAGAAGAGACGCAUCCUUCUGCCUAGCUACACAGCACGUUAGCAUGCUUGCUUUCUUGGCUGUUUUACAGGAUAUGUGGUGCGUGCUAGCCAGAUAGCUGUGUCUCAAGUCAAUGUUAGCUGGCAGCAGAAAGCGAUGCAAAUUAUCCUUUGACCGAACUUCUUUUAAGAAAUGUCUUUUUUGAAAUAAUUGCGAAUGCCUCUUUUCUAAAAGAUGAAAGAGAACACCAUGCUGAUAGCCGAAGACCAAGAUGAGGGGAGAGAGGCUCGGCCUCAUCCAACCUUGUAAGGUUGCCUGUCCCAUGGACGCGUAGCCAAAUCAGGCCGUUUCCUCCGUGUCGGCUUAAUCUGCCUCUCACAGCAGACGGACUAGACCGAGCAGAGACGGAGAGAGGGGGGAGGCAGGCAAAGAGGCGGAGAAGAGGGAUAGGAAGCGACAGACAGAGACGAAACACGCAGAAGGACAGGAGGGUGGAGAUCUAGUGGAGGUCUGGAGGCACCGGCGGGAGCUCUCAGCAUAGGUCCAGUGGUGCAGAGCGUCUUUGGGCAGACGGGGCGCCCCAGUCCCCCCGCCCCACCGCACGCGCCCCUCGGUGGUGCCCCCGGGCGACCAUGUCCGGAGGGGAGGCGGAUGCCGACCACCCCCGCUUCUUUGUCGGCGCCGAUGAGGGAGAGGGUGACGAGCUCCUGGACCCAGGCCGGGUGCUUGGCUACGACUGCCUGUACGAGAACGUGGAGGAAGAGGAGGAGGAGGACGACGAAGAGUAUGACUCGCCCCCAGAGAGGCAGAUUGUGGUGGGCAUCUGUGCCAUGGCCAAGAAGUCCAAGUCCAAGCCCAUGAAGGAGAUCCUGGAGCGCCUGUGCCUCUUCAAGUACAUCACAGUGGUGACCUUUGAGGAAGAGGUCAUCCUCAACGAACCCGUGGAGAACUGGCCCCAGUGUGACUGCCUCAUCUCCUUCCACUCCAAAGGCUUCCCUCUGGAUAAAGCAGUAGCCUAUGAGAAACUCAGGAACCCGUUUGUCAUCAAUGACCUAGACCUGCAGUACUGUAUCCAGGACAGGAGAGAAGUGUAUCGGAUCUUGAAGGCAGAAGGAAUCCAACUUCCACGUUUUGCAGUUCUAAACCGGGACCCCGCUCAACCAGAAGAGUGUAACUUGGUGGAGGGAGAGGACCAUGUGGAAGUGAACGGAGAGGUGUUUCAAAAGCCGUUUGUGGAGAAGCCAGUUAGCGCCGAAGACCACAACGUCUAUAUCUAUUACCCCACGUCAGCAGGGGGAGGCAGCCAGAGACUGUUCCGGAAGAUUGGCAGCAGAAGCAGCGUUUACUCUCCUGAGAGCAACGUGAGGAAAACCGGGUCCUACAUCUAUGAGGAGUUCAUGCCAACGGAUGGCACGGACGUAAAGGUGUACACGGUGGGCCCAGACUACGCCCACGCUGAGGCCCGCAAGUCGCCAGCGCUGGACGGAAAAGUGGAGCGGGACAGCGAGGGGAAAGAGGUCCGGUACCCCGUCAUCCUGAACGCUCGAGAGAAACUCAUCGCCUGGAAAGUCUGUCUCGCCUUCAAGCAAACUGUGUGUGGCUUUGAUCUGUUGCGUGCCAACGGACAAUCGUACGUCUGUGACGUGAACGGCUUCAGCUUCGUGAAGAAUUCCAUGAAGUACUACGAUGACUGUGCAAAAAUACUGGGGAACAUCGUCAUGCGAGAGCUGGCUCCUCAGUUUCAGAUCCCCUGGUCCAUACCGCUGGAAGCUGAAGAUAUACCUAUCGUCCCCACAACCUCAGGAACUAUGAUGGAGCUUAGGUGUGUCAUUGCCGUGAUUCGCCAUGGUGAUAGAACUCCCAAACAAAAAAUGAAAAUGGAGGUCAGACAUCAAAGAUUUUUUGACCUCUUUGAAAAAUGUGAAGGAUAUAAAAGUGGCAAGCUAAAAUUGAAAAAGCCAAAGCAGCUACAGGAAGUAUUGGACAUUGCCCGGCAGCUAUUGGUUGAACUGGGACAAAACAAUGACUCUGAGAUUGAAGAGAGCAAAGCAAAACUGGAACAACUCAAAACAGUCCUUGAAAUGUAUGGACAUUUCUCUGGAAUCAACCGAAAAGUCCAGUUAACAUAUCUCCCACAUGGCCGUCCAAAAACUUCCAGUGAAGAAGAAGAUGUGAAGCGGGACGACCCCUCCCUGCUGCUGGUGCUGAAGUGGGGGGGUGAGCUAACCCCUGCCGGCAGGGUCCAGGCUGAGGAGCUGGGCAGGGCCUUCAGGUGCAUGUAUCCCGGAGGACAAGGUGACUAUGCGGGCUUCCCUGGCUGCGGCCUGUUGCGCCUACACAGCACCUACAGGCACGACCUGAAGAUCUACGCCUCCGACGAGGGGCGGGUACAGAUGACUGCGGCAGCCUUCGCUAAGGGUCUGCUGGCGCUGGAGGGGGAGUUGACGCCCAUCCUGGUGCAGAUGGUGAAGAGUGCCAACAUGAACGGCCUGCUGGACAGCGACAGCGACUCUCUGAGCAGCUGCCAGCAGCGCGUCAAAGCCCGGCUGCACGAGAUCCUGCAGAAGGACCGCGACUUCACUGCCGAGGACUACGAGAAGCUUGCACCAACCGGCAGUACAUCCUUGGUGAAGUCCAUGCAGCUGAUCAAAAACCCAGUGAAGACCUGUGAUAAAGUCUACUCCCUCAUUCAGAGUCUCACCCAGCAAAUCAGGCAGAGGUUGGAGGACCCGCUAGCUACUGGUAACAGAAACCGAGACAUCCAGCUGUAUCACAGCGAGACGCUGGAGCUGAUGCUUAGGCGCUGGUCCAAGCUGGAGAAGGACUUCAAGAUGAAGAACAGCCGCUACAACAUCAGCAAGAUCCCCGACAUCUACGACUGCAUCAAAUACGACGUGCAGCACAACAGCUCCCUCAAGCUGGACAACACCAUGGAGAUCUAUCGCCUGUCCAAAGCUCUAGCCGACAUAGUCAUACCACAGGAGUAUGGCAUCGCCCAACCAGAAAAGCUCGACAUUGCCAAAGGUUACUGCACCCCGCUGGUCCGCAAAAUCCGUUCUGACCUCCAACGGACUCAAGACGAUGACACAGUCAACAAGCUUCACCCGGUGUAUUCCAGGGGAGUGAUGUCACCAGAGCGUCAUGUGCGGACCCGCCUGUACUUCACCAGCGAGAGCCACGUGCACUCCCUACUCUCCAUCCUUCGCUACGGGGCACUCUGUGAUGAGGCCAAGGACGACCAGUGGAAACGGGCCAUGGAGUACCUCAAGGUCGUCAGUGAGCUCAACUACAUGACCCAGAUAGUCAUCAUGCUGUAUGAGGAUCCGAGCAAGGACCCUUCAUCAGAGGAGCGGUUUCACGUGGAGCUGCACUUCAGCCCGGGAGCCAAGGGCUGUGAGGAGGACAAGAACCUGCCUGCAGGGUUUGGCUAUAGACCGGCAUCGCGGGAGAACGAGGGAUCCAAGAAGAAGUCCCAGAAUGACAGCGAUGAGGAGUCCGGCCCAGCCAAACGUGACGAACCGGACCGAGCCCUCAUGAUGUUCCGACCCAUGGUCUCCGACCCCAUCUACAUCCACAGGAAGUCUCCCUUGCCCCGGUCCAAAAAAAUCGGCUCGGUGGAAGAAGAGAGCCCCCUGAGUGUGUCUAGCCCUGACUCCUAUGGUACCUGGACACAUUACACCUGUGGUGUUGGUACUGGGCGUCGAAGACGCAGAUCAGGGGACCAAAUAACUUCCUCCCCUGUCUCCCCUAAAUCACUGGCUUUCACAUCCAGUAUUUUUGGCUCAUGGCAACAGGUGUUGGCAGAGAACAACAGCCAUGCUAGACCAGGCAGGCUUCAUUCCGAGCACAAACUGACCACGGGCAUAGAGGCCACGCGUGGUUCUGCCGUAAAAAGAUUUUCUAUCUCAUUUGCGCGACACCCAACCAAUGUGUUUCCCAGUAUGUUCUGUGGUAAGUGUUAAUUAUGUUGAAUUUACCCAUUUGAUCUCUCGUCUGAAUGUUGUUUGGUGUUUUCUUUUCGGCUCAGGCUCCUUCUCUUCUGUUGUGUAGAGUUUGGCUUCCUUUAUCUCUCACAGUUUUCAGCCCUAGACCUCCUCACAAUGCCCCUCUUUCCUCUUUUGUCCCACUUUGUGUACCGUACAGCUUUGUAGCACCUUAGGUCAUUGGCCCACUUACAUGUAAUGUAUAACAUCUCCACACAACUUAGUAAGUAGCACUGGAAGGAAUACCUUGUAGUCAGGUAUAAGUAUUGGAACUUUAAUUGAAGUGAUAUUUGAGAUGCAUAGAUUGUACUGUACAUUAAUUUGUGAGUACCUUCUGAAAAUAAGAAACAAAAGGAUAAAAUAUCAGUUAGUUUUGACUUUUUAAGAUUGGAGGUUGGGGGGAGGUGCAAAUUAUCACGCCCAGACACACAAUCAAAACUUGUUUUGUCCAUUUUUUCAUACUUGAUAGGACUUGGGCACCAAACUAUUCCUGAAAAUUAUGGUAAGGUGCAUUGCUUAAGUGACAUUAGCCAGUAUCCCUAGCCCUGUCCUAGUGUCCUGUGCCUUUUAGCAUUGUGUAAGUUUAGACUAGAAAAGGAGUGUUGUUCUCAGUCUUGAUGUUUAGUGUUUCCCACCAACAGUCCUGUUACUACCUGUUGCAGAUGAAGCUAUUGGCACCUGGCAUGUCCAAGCCCCUCAAUGGCACUUGAAUAUGAUUCUCUCAAAUUUACCAGAAUAUCAUACUUUCGUUGAAUGUUUUGAAGCAGAGAUCCCCAUAGCACUGUUUUACAAUGCUAGAGUGCUAGAGUACUGUUCAUUUUUUACAUCGUCACUGGAAUAAUCGAACGAAUGUCCUCGUAAAAAGGUCUCUGUCCCAUAGUUAUGAGGCUUACUAGCAUUAGUAGAUCAUAGUGCAUACUGUACUAAAGUUACUGCAAUAUGAAUAGAACAGUCAUUGCUGAGACCAAGUGGAGUUAGUUAAACAUGUUGCAAGUAUGAGACAUUUUAAUUUAGUACAGCUAUUCGAUGGUUGACAGAGGGUUAAAUACUGCUGAAAAUCUUGCUGACUUGUAAGUCUGAUCUUGAUCAACUUGGUCUUUAAGCAUGGAUUUAUUUGCUUGAAAUAGUCCCCAACAAUCUUUAGCACAGACCUGCAUUGAGGUUUUGGGGACUGAAUCUAUUCCAUAAUACAAAUACAAGAAUAUAAUUCUCUGAAUCUAUAACUGUCACAGGAGGCAUGCUCAAUUUUCUAUUUAUUUUUUUCUACAACCAAAGUUGAGGUUUCGUUUGGUGCCAACUCCUUUGGUAAGGAGUUUCCCAGUAGGAUGUAGGAUCGUGAUCACACAUCUCCGCUGUAGCUGUACAAUGCUGUUGCAACAGUUGCAAUCGUAUCUAAAAAAAAAAAUUCAAACAUUACUCAUCAAAACAUCCUCUACAACCCCUUUUGGUGUUGCUCUUUUCAAAUCAAUCCUCAUGAGUUGAUCUCACUCUUGAUGUAAUUUGAUGCAAUCCUUAUAUCGCUUGGACCCUUUUCAUCCAAUAACAAUGAUAUCCAAAGUAACAAUUCGACUCAGGUAGGUAGAAAUCCAGUUCUACUCCUCCUCUCCCCUUGGCUGAAACAGUGGCAGUAGAUAAAGCUUCCAGUGAGGUGUAAUUUCUGUGUAACUCACCCGCCACCAUUGUCCCACCUCAAACCCGGGUUUGAUGGUGAUUUAGUUUUUCUCUGUCCAUCCUCACAGAUAAUGGAGUAUCAUGUUUCUGUGUCGCCCAAUUUCAUUUAAAACACACUACUCAUUUUUACAGACUGUUGUACUCCUAGAUGGAUUGUAGUCUUGUGGCAGUUCAUACCAACCUGACCUGGGUUUUUCUCUCCCGUAGGGUUUGAGCUGUAUUCAAUGGUUCCCUCGAUCUGCCCACUGGAGACCCUUCAUAACUCGCUUUCCUGGAAGCAAGUGGACGACUUCCUGGCGUCAAUCGCAAAUGCUCAAGAUUCCUUUCUGGACAUCUCGGCC